GCAGGCUGUUGGUGCGGCUGCGCCUUCUGCGCAGCCCGGCAGGUUUGGUGGGCUCCCGGGCGACUGCCGUUGAGUGUGCAGCAGUGGCAGCGGCGGGAGCCGAGGGUGCCUGGAAGGAGACCUCGAGUGGACGCUUGGCAGGGUCCGAGAUUUGAGAAGCGCGGUGUAGCCAUGGCCCCGAUCAAGGUGGGAGAUGCCAUCCCAUCGGUGGUGGUGUUUGAAGGGGAGCCUGAGAAAAAGGUGAACCUGGCAGAGCUGUUCAAGGGCAAGAAGGGGGUGCUGUUUGGAGUCCCUGGGGCCUUUACUCCUGGCUGUUCCAAGACCCACCUUCCAGGGUUUGUGGAGCAGGCCGAAGCACUGAAGGCCAAGGGGAUCCAAGUGGUGGCGUGUCUGAGUGUUAAUGACGUCUUUGUCACUGAAAUGUGGGGACGAGCCCACAACACGGAAGGCAAGGUUCGGCUCCUGGCUGAUCCCACUGGGGCCUUUGGGAAGGAGACAGAUUUAUUACUAGAUGAUUCCUUGGUGUCUCUCUUUGGGAAUCGACGGCUCAAGAGGUUCUCCAUGGUGAUCGAGGAUGGCAUAGUGAAGUCCCUGAAUGUGGAGCCAGAUGGCACAGGCCUCACCUGCAGCCUGGCCCCCAACAUCAUCUCACAGCUCUGAGGCCUUGAGCCCAGAUAUAUUUUUUCUCCCCUUUUCACGUGCCCAGCUGUGGGGAGCGGGCCCCGGGCUCACCUCAGUCGGAACCUUGGCCAGAUUUCUGCAAUAAACUCUUCUGGUUCGUGUCUG